GCAACUUCCCGGGAGCCGGGGCCAAAGUGAGCGCAAAGUGCUGCCCAAGUUGCCGGGAUGGAGCUGCAGAGCCGGCCCGAGGCGCUCGCCGUGGAACUCGCGCGCCACCAGAACGGCGACCUCAAGAAGCAGCUCCACGAAAGGCAGCCGCGGAUCGCCGCGCUCAACGACAAACAAGCUUUGGGAGCCAUCACUGCAGUGCCUGUCACGGGUCCUCAGGUCAGCUCCUUGCAGAGGUUGGCCGGGCAAGGAGCGGCGGUGCUACCUCAGGUUAGGCCAAAGACUCUGAUUCCAGACAGCCUCCCCGUCGCCCCAGGCCGGGACCGGCCACCCAAGCAGCCCCCGACCUUCCAGAAGGCCACCGUGGUCAGUAUCAAGAACCCCAGCCCAGCCCUCCCCACCGCCAACAACACCGUGAGCCAUGUGCCAGCACCCGGCAGCCAGCCCCAGGCCCUCGCUGAGCCCGCCGCCAUCACCUCUCCCCUGAGCAGUGCCGGGGUGGCCUAUGCCAUCCUCACCAACGCCCCCAGCAAUGCCGCCGCCAUGGCCCCCAGCACUGCCGUGUCUGUGGUCAGCGACAGCGUCAAGGUCCAGCCCCUCCUCAUCAGUGCCGACAAGAAGGUGGCCCCGGGGAUGCUCAGUCUUCCAAGGCCCCUCGCCACUCUGGCCCCCCUGGCUCCCCCCGCCCUCCGCAGUGGCUACCCCUCACCCCCACCCCUCUGCCACACCUUCCAGGUCAUCAUCAUCCAGCCUCAAGUGCAGACGCAGCCUGAGAGCACGGCAGAGUCGCGGCCACCCACGGAGGAGCCAUCUCAGGGAGCUCAGGCGACCAAAAAGAAGAAGGACGACCGGCCCCCGAGCCAGGAGAACCCCGAGAAAAUCGCCUUCAUGGUAGCUCUAGGCCUGGUCACAACGGAACACUUGGAAGAAAUCCAGAGCAAACGCCAAGAGCGGAAGAGAAGAAGCACAGCUAAUCCUGCGUACAGUGGCCUCCUGGAGACGGAGAGGAAACGGCUGGCGUCCAACCAUCUCAACACCCCCCUGUUCCUCACAGCGAGAGCCAAUGAGGACCCCUGCUGGAAGAGUGAGAUCACCCACGCUGAGCACUGUGCUGCCUGCAAGCGAGGGGCCAACCUGCAGCCUUGCGGCACCUGCCCAGGGGCCUACCACCUCAGCUGCCUGGACCCGCCCCUCAAGACGGCGCCCAAGGGCGUAUGGCGGUGCCCCAAGUGCCAGCAGAAGGCCUUAAAGAAAGACGAUGGCGUGCCCUGGACCGGGAUGCUGGCCAUUGUGCACUCCUACGUCACCCACAAGACGGUCAAGGAAGAAGAGAAGCAGAAGCUGCUACAGAGAGGCAGCGAGCUACAGAGUGAGCACCAGCAGCUGGAGGAGAGGGACCGGCGCCUGGCCUCGGCAGUGAAGAAAUGCCUAGAGCUUAAGACGAGCCUACUGGCCCGGCAGAGGGGCACCCAGUCAUCCUUGGACCGCCUGCGGGCCCUCCUGAGACUGAUACGGGGCGAGCAGAUGCUGCAGGUCACCAUGACGACCACCAGCCCCGCCCCGCUGCUGGCCGGGCCCUGGACCAAGCCCCCAGCGGCAGCCAUGCGCUCUGCCCUCCAGCACCCCCAGGGGCACAACUGA